AUGUUCUACAACCGCAACCAACCAAACACCUUCCGUGUCGAAGUGGUCUUCAGCAAAUCUGAAUUUCCCUAUGGACUCGCGUCGUUAGAGGUUUCUGAAUUGGACUGCGUUGAUAAAUUGCGCGCUUGUGCGAAAAAACUUUUCUCGUACGAUGAUUUCUCGUUGUUCAUCAUCAUUAGUCGUGGAAUCUAUGAAGAGCUUGUUGAUGGAUCCCGUUUCGUCAAUUUCUAUUUGAAACCUCGCGCUACUUUUGGAGGAAAAGUUCGUGGGGAUAUUCAUCUUCGCGUUGUGGAGAGCAAGGACCGUGAAGACUUCAUAAAGGCUAAUUCGUUUCCAAUGCCAUGGAAACCAGUGAGCGAUCUCAUGCUUCACAACGGCGCUUUCCGCGAUAGAUGCGACUACUACCCAGGAUUACAAUCUGGAAAUCGCUCCUAUUUCGACUCCUUCAAUGAACGGCCUUACUUCGACGAUUUGGAUUUGAGCGAAUUGAAGAUGGAGUUGGAUACUCAUGCCAAGAUGCUCCGUUAUGAAAUGUCGGAGAAAUUCAAGACUAAAAAAGAUGAUUUUUUGAAGCGAUUGGCUGCUGUCGAGAAGACUACCAAGUCUUUGAAGAACAAGUUUUCAAAAAAUAAUUCAUCGGAAAAACUCGAGGCUCAUGAUGCAAUUUGCGACAUCUGCAAUAAGGAUAUCGUUGGACACCGUUUCAAAUGUCUUGUUUGCGCUGAUUAUGAUCUUUGCCAAUGCUGUGAGCGUCAGGGAAAACACGCUGAGCACGCAAUGAUGCGUAUGGUUUCAAAGAACACCCUAAUCCCAGAGAAAAUUAAGAUUGCUGCUCAAAUGUCAAGAGACAACAAACAGCCAACUGCAUCCAAGUCGAAGUCUAAAAUUGGAAACGUUUUCUUUGAUCCUAUUGCGAUGGAAAAUAAGUUCCAAUUUCUCACAAAAGAAUGCCAAAAGUUGGAGAAAUUCAUGAGACAUGAUAACGGUUUUCCUGCCGAGAAACCAGCCAAUCAGGAAGAUGCCAAAGCCGCAGACCAAUCAAAUAAUGUUACAAACCAUCCACAAAUCAACAUGCAAUUUUUCCCUCUCAAUGAUCGCGAAGAAGUGACAAAGAAGAUUAUUAAGAAUAUGCGUCUUGCGGACAAGCCUGCUAAGAUUGCGAAACCAAAGAAUUUCAAAGUCGGAAAGAACCCGAAGACGACCGACACUGUACCAAGCGAAAUGAUUGUUAGAUCCGGUCCUGCUGGUUACAUGGCAAGACAAGACAAAACGCCACCAUACCGCACACCAAGUCUCGCAUCAAGCUUUGAAACCUUGGAAUUUACUGACGACGAUUUCUCUUCUGACGAAGAAGUAACGAAUGAUUACUCUUGGUCAAGUCUUUAUCAAAAAGUGUCGGGCAACUACCAGAAGGCUCCUACUGUUGAUGUCAUUUCUGUUGAGGAAGAGGAAAAAGUUCACACCGCAUGCCCUCCGACUCCAGAUGUCAUUAUUGUCGAAAACGCAGAACUUCCUCCACCUUCAGAAGUUGUUAUCGAUGAUGGUAUUCACACCGCUUGUCCUCCAACUCCGGAGCCCGAACAGCCGGUUAAGGAUGACAUUGACUCGGUUGCCUCCGCUUUGCUCGAAAUGGGAUUCCAGUUCACCGAGAUUCAACGCGCCCUCACCGUCGUUGGAUGCGAUUUGGACAAGAUUUGGAGGAUCAUCCACUUGCUUCAGAACAACUAA